AUGUCGAACCAGGUCAUUGUCGUUGGCGGCGGUCUCGCCGGCCUCUCUGCGGCCCAUACUCUUCUCGAGCGAGGCGCCAGCGUUCUGCUACUUGACAAGCAGGGUUUCAUGGGUGGUAACUCCACCAAGGCCACCUCUGGUAUUAACGGAGCUGGUACCACUACCCAGCAGGAGCAAGGUGUCCCCGAUUCUGCCAAAAUCUUCUUCGAGGACACCAAGCGAUCAGCACGCGACCUUGCACGAGACGACCUCAUUCACGUUCUCACCCACCGCUCUGGCGAUGCUGUCAACUGGCUCAUGGACAGAUUCGGUCUCGAUCUUUCCAAGGUCUCCCGCCUCGGUGGCCACUCCCAGCCUCGCACCCACCGUGGCGGUGCUCAGUUCCCGGGAAUGGUCAUUACUUACGCCCAGCUCGAACGCCUUGAAGAUCUCGCUGUCUCCACUCCUGACCGUGUCAAGAUCCUCAAGAAGGCCAAGGUGACCAGCUUAUUGAAGGAGGGUGAUGCAGUCAUUGGCGUGGCGUACGAAAAGGACGGAAAGACUGAGAAGGCCUACGGCCCGGUUAUCUUGGCCACCGGUGGUUAUGCCGCUGACUUCACUGAGGACUCCCUUCUCAAGAAGCACCGUCCGGAACUCUGGGAUCUUCCCACUACCAACGGUGACCACUGCACUGGUGAUGGUCAAAAGAUCGCCAUGGCUAUUGGAGCCAAGGCAAUUGACCUUGAGAAGGUGCAAGUUCACCCUACUGGCCUUGUUGACCCGAAGGAUCCGGAAGCCAAGGUCAAAUUCUUGGCCGCUGAGGCACUCCGUGGUGUCGGUGGAUUAUUAUUGGAUAACGAGGGUCAACGUUUCGCUGAUGAGCUCGGCCAUCGUGACUACGUCACAGGGCGUAUGUGGGACAACGGCAAGUUCCCCAUUCGUUUGAUCCUCAACGGCCAAGCCUCAAAAGAGAUCGAGUGGCACUGCAAACACUAUGUUGGCCGUGGCCUCAUGAAGCGUGUUGAAUCUGGUGAAGCAUUGGCAAAGGAGAUGGGUCUCAAGCCCGAGGUCAUCAAAGCCACUUUUGACAAGUACAAUGCUGGUGCUAAGGCAAAGAAGGAUCCAUUUGGCAAGAAGUUCUUCCACGGUGGCGAGUUCAAGAUGGACGACUUUUUCCACGUUGCACACAUGACCCCCGUCUUGCACUACACUAUGGGUGGGCUUAAUAUUGAUCCCGAGUCCCGAGUACUAUCGACGUCCGGCGCACCCAUUCCUGGUCUUUUCGCUGCCGGAGAAGUUGCUGGUGGUGUCCACGGUGCCAACCGUCUUGGUGGCUCGUCGCUCUUGGGAUGCGUUGUCUUUGGUCGUGUGUCUGGUGACACUGCCGCUGCCUAUCUCCUCAACUCGUCCGGUAACAGCGCUGCUAGCCGUCUCGGUGCGGUCAAGGGCCAUCUAUUGCAGACUUCUGUUAGCGUCGAUGAAAGUUCCAACAAACUCACUCUCGAGGUUUCCUGGGGCGGGCAACAACAGGGAUCUGUCUCUGUGGCGAGCAGCUCCAAGGCUAAUGGGCAAAAGGAGUCUGACGUCCCACCUUCUGCCGAUACUGGCAAGGCCAAAGAGCAGAAGGAAGAGAAAGCAAAGGAAGCUGCCGCCCCCGAGAAGAAGGCUGGCAGCUAUACUGUUGAGGAGGUUGCUAAGCACAACAAGAAGGAUGACUGCUGGGUUAUCAUCGACGGACAGGUGCUCGACGUCACCAACUUCCUUCCUGAUCAUCCCGGAGGAGAGAAGGCCAUCUUGUUAUAUGCUGGUCGUGAUGCGACCGAAGAGUUCAACAUGCUUCACGAUCCCAAGGUCAUCCCCAGGUAUGCGCCUGAGUCGGUGAUUGGCACUCUCAAGAAGUAA